CACGGUAUUCCACUGAUGGAUAUUUAUUACGCAUGCGCUAAAUUGUAUUAUUUACGUGGUAAUCAGCAUUUGAUAAUACUAAAAGUAUCUACUAAACCUGCAACAAUCUACUAAAUUUUACUGUUAUUCGAAAUAAUUGUUGCAAACUAAUAAGAAUUAAACGCAUCCCAGCAUGAUAAAGUAGUGUAUACAUUAUUUGAAAAAUAUUUUACAAACUACAGCAACAAAUAAUAUAAAAAGAUGAAACUUGAAACAUCAAAAACAACCUUGAAUAUUUUUAGCAUUCUUGUGAUUGUGAUAACCGCAUUCGUAAGAGUUAGGGCCAACCAUUUGCCUACACACCAUUUGGUUGACUUCCCCGAAGAUGAGGCACUUACUUUAAAUGAAAGGUUCUUUAACGAUGUCAGAGCUCUUAUUAAACGUCGCUUGAAGGAAAAUGCUGCAAUAAAAAAGUUGCAUUUGGAAAGCGAUAAAACUGUGUUAAAUGAAAAGGAAAUCUCUUCCGCUUCCAACUUUGACAUUAUUCCUACUGCUCCUUCAUAUGUCCCAACCCCAGUGCUGGUUGAGAAUUGGCCUGCAAGUAGCCAUAGUUUCGGGCAAGUAACAGCUGUGUCGAUAGACCCUCAAGGUAAUCCUGUUAUAUUUCAUCGGGCUGACAGAUAUUGGGACGCUAACACUUUCAAUGAAAGCAAUAUAUAUCAUAUGAUUGAGUAUGGACCUAUCCAGGAAAAGACAAUAUUUAUAUUGGAUCCAAAAACAGGUGCAAUAAAAUCAGGCUGGGGUGAGGACUUAUUUUAUAUGCCGCAUGGUAUGACAAUUGAUGUUCAUGGAAACUAUUGGAUCACAGAUGUUGCUAUGCAUCAAGCUUUUAAGUUUAAACCGCAUGAGAAUCAGCCGUUACUAACGAUAGGAAAACGUUUUCGGCCAGGAUCAUCCGUUAAACACUUAUGCAAACCAACAUCAAUUGCCGUAUCAACCACUGGAGAAUUUUUUAUUGCUGAUGGAUAUUGCAAUCAGAGAAUUUUAAAAUUUAAUGCUGCUGGACGACUUUUGCGUGUUAUCCCUCAGCCUCCCGAGUUUCUAUCGUUGCAAGUACCACAUGCCAUCACAUUAUUAGAACACCUAGAUUUACUAUGUAUUGCUGAUCGCGAAAAUAUGCGAGUGGUCUGCCCUAAGGCUGGCCUAAAAUCUUCUCAAGGCGAAGGACAACCAGCUGCAACAAUACAAGAACCUGAUUUAGGUAGAGUCUUUGGUGUUGCUGCCUAUGGAGAUAUUGUUUAUGCUGUUAAUGGUCCAACAUCUAUGUUACCUGUUCGCGGUUUUACCAUAGAUCCAAGAUCUGAAACAAUUAUUGGUCAUUGGGGCGAAUUUAAAAACCCCCAUUCCAUAGCAGUUUGCGUAAAUGGUUCAGCGCUAUAUGUCAGUGAAAUUGGCACAAAUCAUCAAACAAAUCGCAUUUGGAAAUAUGUUUUAGUUUAGAUCCAAUAAAAUCAUAUACACCAUGGGUAGUUUCGUACAAUAUCUACAGUACCUAAAAAACAAAACAUACAUACAACUAUAUACAGUAUUGUUGGUAACCUAAAAAGUUUUUAAUUUUAAUGAAAUCAAAGUACAUAUUAUAAAGUUUGUUUAACCGUAAUAAAAAAAAAAAUAUUACACUUAUUCCACGUCGGUCUAACGUAUCCACAAUAUCUUGAAAAAAAAAACAUAACAUAACAAUCCUUUUCAAUAAAAAACGUGAUUUUUUAAUAUCAGUCUCACAGCCAGGAAAGUUAACUUUAAAUCAACUUUUCGAACAACAAUU